GAGCUUUUCAACUAGGAAAUGUUGAUAAUGUUGUUUAGUUCUUGACGCUCUCGCUCUCAUUUUGCCCAUUGCAUUACUGAGAAUGUUGCAUGCCUGCCUGUUGAUGAUGGGGUGAUGAUGGUUUGCUGUUGUUGUAUUCAAUGGCGCGCUCUACUAUCUCGUUGUGAGUGUAGUGUGUGUGUUCUGUGUGUUUUUUAGCGAAACUGAGACAACAGAAUUGCAUAAAAAACACAGUAAACUGAACUGUGACGUCGCUGCAUUUGCAGCGCAGCUGCAGCGCUGUUGCAACAAAAAACAAAUGCAUUUUUUUAACGUAAAUGUACGAUGUCGGCGUUGAGGUGGCUUACAAAUGGGUGCAAGUUUAUGUACGGAUGUGUGAGUGUGUUGCAGUGGUGAUUUUAAGAACGGAAUAGAAUAGAACUUUAUGUUAAAGGUUGGUCAUGGCUUUUGGCGCGUUGCACGCCGCCAUCGCCGCUGCUGCGUUCAUGGAUAUCUAUAUAUGCAAGUAUGGACGUGAAGCUAAUACGUCACCGUGUCCAUAGUUGUUGUUGUUUUUGGUUCUAGCCGUGGAGUGAGUAAGCCUUUGAGUAUUACGUGUAUAGGUGUGUGUGUGUGUAUGUGUCGAUAUGUUGUUUGGCCGUCGCGUAUAUUGGUUUGUGGGUUCUGUGUGUGAUAUAAUUUUGCAAAUGACUUCGGCGUCGUUAGUCGCAUAAACACAACGCAUCCGAUAUGCAACGGAACGCAUUUUCGGACGCGGCCCGAGUCGAUCCGAGUAGCGUCCGAUCGCGUCUACCAAUAGUUUUGUUUGAAAACAAAUUAAGAAAAAAAAUCAAAGAAAAUCAAAUUUAUUUUGUUUAAUUAAAAAAAAUGCCAACACUACAACAACAAUAGUAAUUACAACAAGAACAACAAUAACACAAAUACACAAUAAAAUAGAAGUACAGUAGAGAAAGGAAACAAAAACAAAAAAGAAAAUUAUCUGUUAAAAAGUGUGAUUUUUUUUUUAAAAUAUUAAAAAGAAAUAAAUUGAGAAAAAAACGAAUAACAACAACCUACAAAAGUGCAAUCAUUAUUAUACUUAACAAUUUUCCAAGUUGUUUAAAUUUUACUUAAAACAAAAAAAAACCAAGAAAACUCAUUUAAUGAAACCAAACCAAGUAAAUCUACCAACAACAACAGUUACAACAACAAUUGCCACAUAUCAUCUGUGAAAAUUCGAUAAAUGCAAAAACGAAAAACUUUGAACAAUUUAAUUUUAUUUCAAUAAAAAUCACUUCAAUUGUGAAAUAACGGCAAUUUUCCAUACAACAAGACAAAUUAUUUAAAAAAAAAGAAGAGAAAAGAAAAACAACAACAGGAGAGGUGGUUAAAAAAGCGUCAUUAAAAAACAAAAGCCCUCGAGUAUAUAAGGCCUGCUGUUGUUUAUAUACAUACCUCUAUAUAUAUAUAUAUAUAUAUGCUGCUAGUAUAUAAACAAUACAUAGGUACGUGAAAUAUUUGGAGAGGGGGUCGCCGGAAUAUUAUCCAUUGCUCCAGCAACGUCCCCAAAUACCCCCCACACACACACAAACAUACAAAGACAAGAACAAUCAUCAGCAUCAUCACCAAGGGAUUGGUGGGUUGGUUCGUUGGUCUGUGUGAUAAUCACACUCACACAUUUCUCAAUAAUAACUACAACAUCAAAAGCAUUAAUCAACCCAACCAUCACAGCAUCAUCACCGCCGAUGAGGGGUAGGUAGGAGGACGCAUUAAAAUCUCCUCUUUACAAAAAAGUAAAACGGUGCUGCAAUUUUUUAAUGCUAUUUCGCCGGAAGUGCGUAAACAAACUGCAAGGCAAACAUUCCAAUAUCUAUCCAGCCUUCCUGUUAUUUCCACUGGAGCUUUUGGCCUUUGGACACCCAAAAAAAAAAACAACAAUAACACUGCUGCAAUCAUCAAGGCAACGCAACGCAACGCAAUUUUUUUGUGCAUUCAUACGCACUGCACAUCAAAACAAGCUUUGGGGCCCGGCGACAGGACAGGAGUGUUGGGGAGGAAUAAAAUAAAAAUCAUCAACACAGCGUCCCCAAAAACAGUGUUUAUCCAACAGCGCCAAUUCCCAACCUUCAAAAACCUUCAGUCGACAACAAACAAGAGACAGUACAGUUCAAUCCAAUAACCCCUCACAGUUUUAACUGUUCUACGCCGAAAUAUAUAAAAAAAUCUUUGGCAUUUACGCACAUUUUUAUACUGCUGCUGUUGUUGUUGCUGCUGCUGCUGCUGUUAUUCGAGAGAUUUUCGUUGUUUUCCUGUCAAUUUUUCUCCCCGAGAGUUGAUGCUGCUGCCGCUGUCGUUGUUAUACCAACAACACAACAAUCAUCAUUAACAUCACCAAACAGGACAAACCGUCCAACACACACACAUACACAAUCAAACGCCAAAAUCCGGGGGAGAACCAACCAACAAAAAACCUCAAGCCAGACAAACGGACACUCCAGAGCUUCAGAGAAUUGCAUAAAAAUUAAAAAAGCUGCAUGAAAACGCAUUGCACUGCUUGUUGUUUCAUCGAAUUCGUUGCGGAAAUAUACAAAAUAUGAUGCUAUGCACAUCAGCGCCUAUGAAGCAUGCUUAGAACGGGUCGCUGAGGAGUUAAUGGGGCGCAGGAAAUGGAAGCAAUAUCAAGAUACAUUAAUGCGAACCCACUUAAAUUCCGACCAAUUUGUCGCAACAAUCGGAGACAGCAAUAUCGAACUGAAGAAAGAGCUGGAUAAGCUGAAGCUGGAUAUUGAGACACUGGAAAUUCACAAAACAUCAACUGCAGUCAAUAACAACAACAACAAUUGUAACCUCGAAGAUAACCACCGCCAAGAAAUCAAUCAGCAACAGCAGAAUAAACAUCACAAUAGCAUUAAACAGGAAGAAAAGGAUAAUACUAUACAAUUAGAAUCACAAGAAAAUAAUUUAGAUACAGCAUCACAAAUUCAGGGUGUAGAGAUUUCUAAUCAGAGCCACAACAACACCAACAGCAAUUCAUCACACAACAACACUAAAACUAACAUCACCAAUCCAAAGGAUAAUAAUACCGAAAGUGUUGAGAAUCGCAAAACACCAUCAUCACAACAAACAACAUCGCCAUCGCCAUCACCGCCACCUCCCGAACCCAUCGAUUGGAAACCGAAUGAAAAGUGUUAUUUCUGCGUUAACGGCAAAUUACUCACACUGAACUCCAAAGGUGAACUAGUGGCCGAAUCUGGCCCAACUGGGUCUGAAACGGACCACAUAAAGAGACUUGACUGUGACAGCGAUUCGAAUGAGUCCUCUAAAUUGCCCACAGUCAGUACAAAUGGUAACGUCGCAUUAAUGACUGGCGCAAAUUCUAUGACUGGUAGCAAUAGCCUGACCCUAAGCAAAUUACUAACACAAAAAAUGGCUUCAAUGGAUUCGAUGGCAGCCCAGUUUGCAGCCAUUCAAAAUAUAUUACCAAAUUUAAAUUGGAUGAAUCAACAACAGCAACAAUCUCAACCAGAUUCGGUUACACCAACUACCUCAGAUACAUCAGCCGCCGCUAUUAGUCCUUCUCUAAAGGAUUCACCCAGUCCCAGUGAUGCCACCGGUGAACAACCUUUAGAUUUAAGUUCCAAACCGUCUCCAAACUCAUCAAUAAGUGGUGACUUGAAGAGCGUUAGAAUUAAAUCAUCACGUGCUACACCUGUUCCUUCAACACGUCGCACCUACAGCGAAGAGGACAUUAAUAACGCCAUGCACGAAGUACUUUCUGGUAGAUUGGGCACUCGCAAGGCGGCCGUUCAAUUCAAUGUGCCACGCUCCACGCUGCGCAACAAAAUGUACAAAAUGGCAACGGGUGCCAAACGUGGCGCUGAUACCCCCACAGAAAUACUACAACAAGAACUCGAAAAAGAUUUGUCGGCCGAUGAAGCUGAGGGCGAUGUGGACAGUAAUGCCUCGACGCCACAGCCAGAUGAUGAGUUGAGACGCAUCACCACACCGACAAUGUUAAAGAAAAUUGCCGCUGCCAAUAAUGGCGAGGGAGCGAUGGAUAUCGCCGAUGAGCCACUUUCGUUGAGCUCACCAAAACCCGCUCACACUGAAUCCUCUAAGCCCCAAACAAAUAAUUUACUAAACCCUAAUGCCGAACUCUCAACACCACCACAGCCACAAAUACCCCAAAUAGAUGCCACGUUACUGUUGCAGACGCUGCUUCUUUCCGACAAAAAUCUGCGUGAUCUCUUCAGUGCUUUGCUGCUGAAUUCCACCAUAAAUUUAAAGGAUGUUCUGCUGGGAGCAACUACAGCAGCCACAACUGCUGCUACGGCGGCGACGGCAGCGGCUGCUGUUGCCGCUGCUGCCACUGUCAAUGAGCCAAACACAAAUAGUCCAAACAAUGGUAACCAACAACAGGACUACCGUUCACUUUUGCAAUUACUUCUGCAGCAGCAGCAACAACAACAGCAGCAGCAGCAAUCCUCUUUUGCCCCUGGCCGCCGUUUACCAAAGUCUGAUACACCGGAAACGAAUUCAUCUAUGGAUCCCAAUGAGUCGUGUGAUGAUCCCUCCUCGGCGAUAUUGAAAAUUCCGUCCUAUACACCGGUGGCUGGAACUUCCUCGUCCAUGGGACCCAGUAGUUCUCGGGGAUCACCUGCUUUGCAUUGUCAUAACAGCAACAACAGUAAUUCCAAUCGUAACGGCGGUGGUGAUAGCCCGGGUCCGCUGAUGCUGGUGGCAGCCAAAAAUCAAUUGGGCGCCAACAAUAGCUUAUCGGUGACACCGCCCCUGCUGCAUGGCGGAGUCGAUGGCCAAAGUAAUCAACCGCUGAGAAUGCGUGAUGUCAUUGCCAAUAGCAUACAUCGGACCAUGAGCGAACAGGCCAACAAAGAUGUCCUCUUGGGUCUGGUGGCAGAUUGUGAGCGCAACAACUCUUCAGGUAUGGACUACAAGAAACCCACAAUAUCAGUGGUGAAAAAUAUUGGUGGUACUGAUACAUCGCGUUUUGGAACAGCGCCCAACCUGCUGGCAAAUGCUGCAAUGCACAAUUCACAUCAUCACCACCACAUGCAUGCCCACCAUCUGAGAAGUCAGGAAGCAGCAGCCUUGGCUGCUGGCAAAGGAACCCGGCCCAAGCGUGGCAAAUAUCGCAACUAUGACCGCGACAGCUUAGUUGAGGCUGUCAAGGCUGUGCAGCGGGGGGAAAUGUCAGUGCACCGAGCUGGUAGUUAUUACGGAGUUCCACAUUCAACACUAGAGUACAAGGUUAAAGAGCGCCAUCUAAUGAGGCCGCGAAAGCGUGAACCCAAGCCACAGCCCGGCCUCGAUGGUGCCAGCAAUAGUUCAAAAUCAAAUGCCAACAUUCCUGCAGGUCUUGACAAAUUAAAAGCCGGCAACGGACCGAAUGCCAGCCUGAAAUUAAGCGGAGCGGCUUUGAAGAGUAACGGUGGCACGGGAACGGCCGGAUUUCCGGCAAAUGUCGGUAACGGCAUGAAACUGCCUAUGUUUGAUCCCACCUUAGCACAUCUGCCCUAUGCGCCAACCAUGUUUUGGCAACACCAACAAGCCGCCUUCGGCCAAUUACAAAUGGAUUUGAAUCGUAAUGCCACAGCCGCCAGUAGUGGUGCCUCGCCCACAGAAACGGGCAGUGAAAUAUUGAAAUCACAUAUGCAGCGCUAUCAGGAGGCCACAAGCGGUGGUGGUAAUACAACAAAUUCAUCAAACGGUCCCAGUCCGAUAUCCAGUCCUCCCAUAAUAAGCGGCCAUGAUAUUAAUCGAGCGAGGGAGUUGUACGAAACAAAUGCUGCCAAUGGGGCGAAUUUCUUGGACGGUAUAAUACGUAAGACGCUCGAUCGUAAAAGUAAUGAAGUUAGUGGCAUUCCAAGCAGUAGUAGUAGUGGAGGUGGCGGCGGCGGCGGAGGUGUAUUAUUGGAUCAGUUGUUGAUGAAAAAGACCCCAUUGCCGUUUACCAACAAUCGUGGUAUGGUCGAUUACAAUAGUCUGUCCCAUUCGCCGUCCAACAAACGGACUGGUAGUCCCCUGUCAUUGCGAGCGGCAUCAAUUAAACGUGAACGCAACGAUAGUGGCAGUGAUGACGAUGAAACUUCUCAAAGUGGAGCGGAUGAGUACGAUCGCGAAAAUAACAACAACAAUAACACGAGUGGUAGCAGUAAAGGAGGUCAUGGUAGUUUGAAAACACUGUUACAUCAACGAGAUCGUCGUAUUGCUUCAAGAGAUUCAGCCUCGGAAACCGAUGCAAGUAGUUUAAAGAGUGAGCAACUGCACAACAACAACAAUAACAACAACAGUAGCAGCCAUCACAUGCAUUUGCAUCACAACAACAAUGGCAGCAAUACGAACAACAACAACAACGUUGCCAGUGAUAUAAAUGGCGGUGGUGGUGGUGCCAUCAACGUUAAACGUGAAAUUCCUACACUCGAAUCUGGCACCUCGAUACUGCAAGAGAAACUCUCACAAAUCAAGUCGGAGCAACAGGAAAACGAAGAGAACUUAUAGAAUCAAUUAUCAUACGGUUGUGGAAUGGCCGAAGGUGUUGGUGAUAUUGACAUGUUACAGCAUUACCAAUACCAGUCAAGGCGUCAUUCUCAACCCCUUUGGUAUGACCAACACCAACACCAGCACUAUGAGGAGCAACAGCAGCAGCAACAUCACCAGCAUCACAAUCCAUGGCUAACACAUCAUGGACCGGGCGGCAGUGAGACAUUAGCUAACAACUACUACAGUUACUGAAAACAAAACGACGAGACGAGAGAGAAAGUGUGGCAGUGGUAAAGCGGAAAGCGGGAAAACAGACAAACUGCUGAAACAUUAGGCAGAAGUAAUAAAUAAUAAUUUUAGUGAAAUUAAGUAAAAGAAAAACACACACAAAUCAAAUGCCUGUGCUACAGAAAUUAAAUGAAAACAACAACAACAACAAAAAACAACACAACACUACAAAAGAGAGCAUGAAAGCAUUUACAAUUGUCAAACGUGUCAAGAUGUGUAAUUUUAAAUGUCAACGUUAAUUGAAUGAAAGAAUGAAAGAAGUUAGUCAAAAUUUUUAUGUUCUCACUUUUUUUUUGUUUUCUUUUUCUUCCUAAAUAUUCUCUAUAGAAUAUUUCUGUUUUAUAAAUAAUAUUUGUUUUUUAGAAAUUUGAUUUUCUUUAAGCUAAAUGGAAGGCAAGUGAAAUAAAAGCCCACAAAGUGUAUGUAUUUAGGUUAAAGUUAACAAAAACAAAACCAAACAAACAUGAGAUAAGAAGACAAUUUGGAAAAAAACAAAAUAAUACAAAUAGUAAUACAAACAUACACUGAUAAACAUACAAACAAACAUAUAUGGUAUGGCGUUGUACAUAGAUAAUCUUAGAAAGGUAAACAACAACAACAACAACAAAAGCAAACACUUUGUCAACAACAAAACACUUUUUAACAGUUUUAAAAGCCCAAAAUAGUUAAUAAACUCAACAAAAGAACAACAACUUAACAGUACUAUAGAUUUAUAAAAGACAUCAUCAUCAACAACAACAACAACAAACAGCAACAAUACAAAUGAAAACAAUAUACAAAACAACCUACAUUAUUAACUAUAUAUAUAUACCAAAAUAUAUAUAAAAAAUAAAUAUAUUAAAUGGUUUUUUUUUACAAAGUAUAUGUAUAUAUAGAAUAAUUAUAUAUGUAUUUAUUAUUCAUGCAUAUAUAUUUAUAUAAUAUAUACAAAAUACAUAAAAUUCACUUAAUUUUUUCCUACAUACAUAUAUAAAUAUUUAUUAGUUUCCUUUUCUUUUUUGACAAUCGACGCAAUAGGCACUUGUACAAACUAAAAACAAACAAACAAACAAACAAAUGCGUUAAGCAAUAAACUAAACAAACAAUAUACG